CGACUCAAUUACGAAACAAAACAAAACCUUUUAAAAUUGUUUUUCUUCCUUUUUUGACGAUUGUGUAUUUGUGUAGGUAUCUACCUAAUUAUUAAUUAUGACAGAAGACUCGAUUAUUAAGGAACCAAUUAAUAUAAAUAUUGAUGAAACAACCAAGACCCAAGUAAAAAAUUGUAUUUUUUGUGACUUAAUUUCUGCCAAUGAUCCAAAUAUCAUUCUUGAGCCUCGAAGCGAUCAAUUUGUAAUUAUUAAAGAUAUUAAGCCCGUGGCUACGCACCAUUUCUUAGUGUUGUGUCACAAACAUAUAAAAAGUGCCAAAAGUUUACAGCCUAAUGAACAAGAUUGCAAUUUACUCAAGAGCAUGGUUGCAGCUGCAAAACAAAUAUUAUUAAACAAUGGUUGUGAUUUGAAUGACACAAGAAUGGGUUUUCAUUGGCCUCCAUUUUAUUCAAUAGGACAUAUGCAUCUUCACGCCAUCAGUCCUGUUAGUUCAAUGUCUGCAUUCAAUCGUUUUGUUGCAUUCAAUCCAAGUUUCAGUUAUGUUUUUGUCGAUGUAGAUUAUGUGCUAAAACGUAUUGGUUGCAAAGAAAAAAACGAAACAGAAAACUCAUCUCCAGUUGCAUAAAACAAACUGUAAUACAUAUUUUACAUUUUACAAUAUAGGCACUACAUAUUAUUUUUGA